AAAGCAUGGCAUCCUUCAGCAUGUGCACUCGAAUGAUACGGCCGAUUUCUCUUAUCAGGGGCCUUAUCCCUGCUCGUAUUCAAUUACACAGAUUAGGGCAGCCGCUGUCAACAACAGCAACAGAAACUAACUCUAACAAGGACACGCCACCUGAAGACUCUGGGGACUCAAAGUCAGAAGGCGGUCCAUCAGAGGCAGAAUUGAAACUUACACAGGAGAAAGAGAAACUACAGUCAAAUUAUAAAGAAUUAGAGGACAAAUACAAGCGGGCGCUUGCCGAGACCGAGAAUGUUCGACUACGGAUGAAGAAGCAGAUCGAGGACACCAAACUAUUUGGAAUCCAGGGAUUUUGUAAGGACCUACUAGAAGUAGCGGACAUUCUUAAACAAGCAACAGAAAGUGUGCCCAAGGAGGAAUUAAAUGGCAAUAACCCACACCUGAAAAGUUUAUUUCAGGGACUCACUAUGACGGAAGAUCAAUUGAAAAAGGUUUUUAAACGUAAUGGCUUGGUGAUGAUCAAUCCAGAACAAGGGGAGAAGUUUGAUCCUCAUGUUCAUGAGGCGCUGUUCGAACAGCCGUUAGAAGGAAAACCGGCCGGCACGAUAGCCGUGGUGACCAAGACAGGAUAUAUGUUACAUAGUCGUACCCUUAGGCCUGCUUUAGUCGGUGUUGUGAAGAGCACAUCAUAGUACAUGUAAUUGUCAGUGCAGCACUUCAAGGACAUUGGAACUGCUGACACUUUGUUUUGGCAUGUUGACAUUUGGUCCUCGUGUGAAGAUACCUGCGAUGGGAAACAUUCUGUCUUCAGUUUGUAUAAUUGGAAAAUUGAAAUUGAGAAUAUGAUCCGAUAGGGAAAUGCUGGAUGUGGAAAAAAGUGGUGUCGAGUAGCACUUUAGCUGCAAAUUGCUCCACAGAUGGUGAGAAAUUUCGAAAUGCAUUUCCAUUGAAAUAGGUAAUCAAUAUCAACUUUCAUCAAAUCAUUGAAAAUCUCAAAAAUCUAUAUCUAGUCUUCAUGACCUUGCACUUGCAGGUCUUCAUGGCUUUUUACAUUGUUAUUAAAAAGAACAUCUGCAUAAAUUCGGUGUGCAUGGUCUAGAUAGGCCUUCAUACAUGUACUGCCAGAAAGCAGUCAUCGAAAUAUUUCCCCUUCAAAUUGGUCUUUGGAGUAAGGGUGUUUGACUGGAUAAGGUUAUCCUCACAAUCCGUAGUCCAUGAUGUUGGUCUUUGGAAUGCAGGUGUAGUCCGGUUGAAUGGACAAUCAUGGUGUUCCAAUCAUUCAAUAGUCCAUGAUGUUGGUAAUAAGCUAAUCUUAGCUUUGUGAUAUCAAUUGUCUGAUGUUGUAUCCUAUACAGUGGAACCACCCAUAGCAGGCACCUCUGCUCUAAGGACACACUCUUAAAGGACGCUAUAUUUGGUCCCAGUUUUGUCAUUUCCAUAUAAUUUCACCUGUGUGAUCAGGACACCUCUCAAUUAAGGGCAGCAGUUGUCAGCCCCUAGGGUGUCCUUUAUUGAGAGGUUCUACUGUAUUUGCAUCCUGGUUAACAAUGAUUUGGUCAGUGUAUAUUUAUAGAUUUAUUGGUUGUAUGAAUCCUACAUUCAUAAGUAUGCAUUUCUAGCUGAAAGAUGAAUAUAAAUUCGAAUUCAUAUGAUACUGGUAAAUAUGUUAUCAACAUUAAUAAUAGUAAACAAUAAAAUAUGUAUAAAAUAAGCCGAGUUU